GAAACGAGUAACGAACACGGACUAUUCAAAUCACUCAGUGACGGAACGUUUCUUGACUACGUAGGGAGUGUUGUUGGUUACUUGUUUAUGUGUGUGUGAACUUUAAAAAGUUUUGUUUACGUGUUUUGUGAUUGACUAAUGUAAACAAUGUACUGACACGAAGACGGAAACCAGAUCUACGGCUGGUAGAAAAACUUGAUUAAUAAGAAGAAAGUUCACUAAAGUUCAAACAAUUAAUAAAAAUGACUGUCAUCAAUUUGAAUCUCUUAAACGUGGAUUAAUAAAUGUCAGUGGCGCUAGUGUAGUUACAGUAUAGAUUAAAAAACAAAGAUGGAGGAUUUAAUUCACAAUUCGACUUUAGACACAAUCUAUCCUCGGGAGGCGACGAUAUUGGCUGCGGUUUGUGCCUGCGUGUUCAGUGCUGUUGGCGUAUUAGGCAACUUCAUAACAACGGUGGCUCUACUGAUGCACCCAAAGCUGCGCGGUCACGUCACAACAAUGUUCGUGCUGUCACUCUGCGUCUCCGAUCUUCUCUUCUGUUCUAUUAACCUCCCUUUGACAGCCAGCAGGUACAUAAAGCAGCAAUGGACGCUGGGCCCGCGUUUGUGUCAGAUGUUCGCUUUCGUGUUCUACGGCAAUGAGGCCGUCUCACUCUUGUCUAUGGUCGCCAUCACCAUAAACAGGUACACGUUGAUAGCGUACUACGACAUGUACUCGCAGAUCUACACCAGCACCAAGAUAUGGAUCCAGCUGCUACUCAUCUGGUUAGUCUCCUUCGGUCUCAUGAUCCCUCCCCUGCUGGGUGUAUGGGGCCAGCUGGGUCUGGAGCACGACACAUUCUCGUGCACGAUCCUGCCGAAGGACGGACUAUCUCCUAAGAAGUAUCUAUUCGUGUUCGGGUUCGCGCUGCCGUGUGUCGUCAUCAUAGUCUCCUACUCUUGCAUCUAUUGGAGAGUUCGCGAGAGCAAGAGGAAGCUCGAGGGCCGCAGGUGUGUAUGUGGCAAGCUGAGCGGUCAAACUGCAAGAGAAAAGGAAGAAGAUUCCCGCUUAACAACUUUAAUGCUGACAAUAUUCCUCUGUUUUCUCGCCUGCUUUCUUCCUCUGAUGAUAAUGAACGUCACCGAUGAUGGUAUCACUUAUCCCUGGCUUCAUAUCAUAGCCUCGAUCCUGGCAUGGGCCUCCAGCGUUGUCAAUCCUCUCAUCUACGCGGCAACCAAUAGACAAUAUAGAGCGGCAUAUGGCAACCUUUUGAAAUUCUGCAAAAACAAUCCAGUGACAAAAAGAACGACAUGGGGAAGUCGAACUGUAGGACAUUCCUCAAAUUCGCCAAAUUAUGGGGAAAAAAGAAAUCCAUUAAAUAAUCAACCGACAAAAUUAUGAAUUUAACUCAUUUUAGCUUUUGUAAAUAUUGUAAAUUAUUUUGUAUUAAUUAUCACACAAUAUACCAAUAAUGUAACCAAAGGCAAAUUAAAUUAUUGUGAAACCAAACUUCUAUACGUAGA